GUUUACAUCUCAUUGGAUCAACCUGUGACUGCUUUAAAUCUUUUCAAACAAGGCUUAGAUAAGUUUCCAGGAGAAGUAAGCCUGCUUUGUGGAAUUGCCAGGAUCUAUGAGGAAAUGAACAAUGGUUCAUCAGCAGCUGAAUACUACAAAGAGGUUUUAAAACAAGAUAAUACUCACAUGGAAGCCAUUGCUUGCAUUGGAAGCAACCACUUUUAUUCUGAUCAACCAGAAAUAGCUCUUCGGUUUUACAGGCGACUCCUGCAGAUGGGCGUUUAUAAUUGCCAGCUUUUUAACAAUCUGGGGCUGUGCUGCUUCUAUGCCCAGCAGUAUGAUAUGACUCUGACCUCAUUUGAACGUGCCCUUUCUUUGGCUGAAAAUGAAGAAGAGACAGCUGACGUCUGGUACAACUUGGGACAUAUAGCUGUGGGAAUAGGUGAUACGAAUUUGGCCCAUCAGUGCUUCAGGCUAGCUCUGGUCAACAACAACAACCAUGCUGAGGCCUACAACAACCUGGCUGUGCUGGAGAUGCGGAAGGGCCAUGUUGAACAGGCAAGGGCACUUUUGCAAACUGCGUCAACUUUAGCACCUCAUAUGUAUGAACCCCAUUUUAAUUUUGCAACAAUAUCUGAUAAGAUUGGAGAUCUACAGAGAAGUUAUAUUGCUGCUCAGAAGUCUGAAGCAGCAUUUCCUGAUCAUGUGGAUACACAACAUUUAAUUAAACAAUUAAAGCAGCAUUUUGCUAUGCUCUGAUUGUUCUUGGCCCAAAUAUAUUUUUAUGAAGAGACAUUACACAUGGGAAAAGUACUAUGUAUGUAUGUAUGUAUGUAUCUGAAUGUAAUAUAAAUUAUACAGGCCUAGUGAAGGCUGUAUUUGAAUAAGAGUCGCAGACUUUGACCAGAGUUUAUACCAGAAUGUAUAAUGAAUACUUUAUAAUAAUAAUUUUGUAAGGUAAUAUUAUAAAUUAUCAGAUUUAAGCAUUUCUAGGUAUAAUGCAUUAUAUGGUAAAUGUUUAUAUAUUUUCCAAACAUUUUGAUGCAUUUCCUCAAAUUUUUAUAAAUAUACAUUUUUAAAGUCCUUAAGCAUUAGCCAUUAUAUGGCUUAAGUGGUCUGAAAUCUGCCUUUAAAACUAUACUUUUGUGGUUAAUAAUAUGUGUAUUUAUCCUAAGUAGAGGCUUUAUUUGGAGCUUAAAAUUGUAUUUCAAACUAUUUUUUAUCAGGUACUUUGUGAUAUAUAUUGUACAUAUAUAUUAUGCUU